AUGUCGUUCGCGGAGCGCCGGUACAUGGAGCACCUCGCGGACCGGCGCGGGCUCACGCGUCGUGCGCCCGCCGUGUCUCUGCGGGGCUCCACCGCUCCCCUCGACGUGCGCGCCGAGGCGGCGCGGUGCCGCGAGCUGCGAGACGAGCUGCGCGCCACGCUGGCGUUCGGCGCACCGGUCGACGGCGGCGAAGCACCCGACACGGACACCGAACACCUGCGCGUGCCGCCCGAGGACGAAAUGGUGGGGGAGAGCGUGCGAGCGCACGUUGCUCGGGCCGCUCAGGGCGGCGGUCUCGCGAUAGAGGGUACAGCGGGACGUCAGGCGGUGCUCGAAGCGCCGCAGGACCGCGAGGGCGACGCGGGAGCGGGCCGCGUCCGUAAGAGCCGACUCGAGCGUCUGGCGGCGGGCCGCGCCUGGCUCUACUCCGUGGUGCGCCGGGAAGAGGAGUCGAAGGCGCGCCCCAAGAAGCUUGCGCGUUUAGAGGACCCAGAGGACGAGGCUGCGGCGGAGCAGCUCGCGGGGCCGCAAGCGAGCGAUGCGGCGCGGCUCGCGGAGGGCGGCGACGAGGAGGUGCUCGUCACGUUCGCCGUGCACCAUCCCAUCAAGGUCGGUCCGACGCGCGCGCAGGAGUUCACGCUCCUGGGCUCGCAGCCCCUCACGGACCUCCGCGACGCCAUCGAGUGCCCCGCCGACGACACCCUCCGGCACCUCGACCGCUCCGCCCCGGGGGCCUAUAUCUUCCUAGGGGGGGUGUUCUACGACGACACGCGGGACGCCGCCGCGUCGGACCUCUCGAAACCCAUCACGGACGCCUUCGCGCGCCUCGACGCCCGCGCCGAGAGCCGCCCGCCCGUCCGGAAGUGCGCGAUGCAAGCCGCGACCGUCGGCGACAUCUGCGCGCCGUGCGGGCGCGCCGGCGCGGGCGUGUACUGCCACCAGGGCUGCUGCGAGCACCUCCUCGAGGUCGUCGACGUGCGCCUGCGCCACCCGGACGACCCGGUCGUGGCGGCAGCGUAUCCGUUGCGGUGCAAGCGGCCGGCGUGGCGGGUGCGGCUGUGCGAGGGGCGGUGCGGGGCGUCGGCGGCGGCGAUCGUCCACGGGGACGUGCUGCUCGGGCACACGCCGGGGUACCUGUGCGCGGGGUGUUUCCGGGACCUGCACGGCGUGGAGCUGAAGGUGGCACUGGCGACGUGCUCGCUGAGCAGCCGGGCGCAGAAGCCGGGGCGCGUGCGCGCGGCGGGCAAGGCGCUGCCGGACGGCUUGAUCGUACUGCCGUACCGCUGGGACUAG